AAUCACCACUGAACAGCACUGAUUGACAACAACUAAGACUUACUGUACUGUAAUGCUGAAAUUAAUAGUACUGAAAUAAAGUAUCCAAAACAACAGUAUCAACAGCCAUCUAGAUUUCAACAUGACUGAAAGUAAGGCACAAAAAUCAGUGGAAAUUCCUCUAAUUGCAAUUAAAUGUCGACUUUGUCUAGAAAUUCGUCAAGAACUAAAAACAUUAAAUUGCCAACAUAGCUUCUGUCUUGGUUGUCUUCAGGACUGGAUGAAGAAAAAGGGUGCACUAGAAUGCCCAGCUUGCUGCCAAAGUCAUUCUGUUCCUGAGGGUGGGCUUUGCAAAUUACCGUCAAAUACAAUAAAAGCUACAGAAACUGCAAGUCAAGGCAAUGUAAAUACAAAGUGCUGUUGUGGCAAAAAUAGUGCAGACUUCUGUCAGACUUGCAGUCAGUAUUUGUGUGCUUCAUGCACAAACUAUCAUAAAAUAUUUCCACCACUCAGGAGCCAUACACUACAACCAAUUGAGUCCCACUCAUCCAACAUUGACCAACAGUCAGCAGACUUACAUUCACAAAGAAUCAGAUGUGGCGAAGUAGGUGCUAAGAAUUUUGUUCAAUGUCAACCAGCCCAGGCUGUCAACGACAAUCAGCAUGCUGCAUUGUUGCAAGUAAGCGCUUUUACAGAACAUGAACAAAUUGGUCGUCGGCCGAUGCAGUGUGAAGAACAAAAUGAAAACAUUUUUGAAAUUGUAUCUAAAAAUCCAAUGACUGUGACAAGCUACCAACCUUUUCUUGUUGAAAUAGCUCAAAGCUAUAAAUGUAAAAUAGAGAUAAAGAACUUGACGGCACCAAAAGAAGACUGCACUAUCAUUUCUGCCAAAACUGUUAGAUCUGAAGGCAAUCAUCUUGAUGGAUCCUCAAGUAAAGAAUUGACAUUGGAUGUCAAGUUUAAUAAUUAUUCAAUAAAAGGAUCUCCAAUUAAAAUAAUUGUUGAACCAGCCAAAGUUGUAAGAUUUAUCAGAAAUGUUGGUGAAUCUACAGGUUUUAUGGGUAACAGAGGAAUCCAAGAUUUAGUGAUGUCUGACAAUGGAUGGUUUUUAGUUGCUUGUAACAAACGUGAGGUGUUCAAGUUUGAAAACUCAGGGGCAUUUGUCAGUAAAAUAAAAUUAACGCCAUUAUUAUCCAAGGUUAAAAGAAUAUGCAAAUUGAACAACAACUACUUUAUAUGUUGUGACUGGUUUAUGAGAAGAAUAACAUUUUUCAAACAUAAUGGUCAGGAGAUCAAAUCAAUAUCAACUGGUCUUGCUAUCUCAAGUUUACCAUCUAGUAUUAGUGUGGAUGAAAACCUAAAUGUAGUGUACGUAGCUGAUGAGACAGCAAACUGCGUACAUGUUUACGAGAUGGAGAGUAAUCUUAAGGUGAAAACCAUUGGAUGUUAUGGCGGUCUUGAAGGACAAAUGAAUGGACCUUCUGAUGUUGCUGUCACAAAAAAAGGGAACCUCAUUGUGGCUGACACUUAUAAUCACAGAGUGCAAUUAUUUGGCUCUGAUGGUCAACUCAUUCAAGUACUUAUUGGUGGAGGGGAUGAAGAUGGUAUGGUGUUAAGGCCAUUAAGAAUAUGUGUUGAUGAUGAUGACAACAUCAUUGUAGCAAGUGAAUGCAAAGUACAGUUAUUUGAUAAUCAUGGCAAGUUCAUUAGAGUGAUCCAUCAAAUUGACAAAGAAGAAAAUAAGAAUUUUGUGAUUUCAAUUGUCUCACAUUAUCCUAGAAGACUUGCAAUAGCUGAAUUAAAUUCAAUUAUGAUUGUGGUAAUUAAUUAUUAGGAAAACAAAUAGGCAAAAGCUAUAUACAAACUACCCAGAUUUUUAAUAUGCAGUAGUGUUAUUCAAAUUUAACUGUUUGAUGUAACUUCAUUGGUUGCUACUUCAAAGUAGCUUGUAAAAUGUUUGGAAGAGAUGAGAACUGUUAUAUUGAGAAUGAACUUGAAAAUCAUGCUAAAAGAAAACAGAUCACAUUUACUUUGGUUGCCUAAAUUUACUAAGUAUGCCUAAAGACAGUAUAUACUUUGAGUGAACAUUGCCUACAUGCCUUAUUGCAUGGAAGUAGCAUACAAUAAUUAUCGUAAGCAUGAUAAUAAAAUAUUUUCGAAAAAAAUGUUUGUCCCCAUCGGGUUAUGACCCCAAGAUCUUCCGAUUACUGUUCGAAUACUCUACAAAUUUUCAUUGCGUAUUAGGACAUUAUGGCCCUUUGAGAAAAAAAAAUGUUUUCUAAUGGGAAUCCAAUAGUAAUUUACCACUAGGCUUCAUAGCUCAAAGGAAGGAAGGAAGGUCUUGAAUUUGGAUCCCGAUGGGAAUACAUUUUUUCAAACAUUUAUUAUCAUCUUUAAUUAUCAUCAGUGGUGGUGAAUAUCCAUACC